GUCAAACCAUGACAGGUAGACAGAGGAAAACCUACCAAAGAGGAUGAACAGGAUGCAGAGACUGCUUCAGAACAAGAUCCUGAUCCUGACAAUAUGUGCUGCUGGGAUUGGAGGCACCUUCCAGUAUGGUUACAACAUCUCCAUCAUCAAUGCCCCGGCCUCAUACAUCCAGGUGUUCAUGAACACGACCUGGCUGGAGCGCAUGGGCGUUCCCCUGGAGAGCAACAUGGUCCUGCUGCUCUGGUCCUUCACCGUCUCUGCCUACCCUCUGGGGGGCCUCAUUGGGGCCAUGGUUGCUGGGCCCAUGGCCAUCAUGCUGGGCAGGAAGAUGUCCCUGCUGCUGAACAAUGGCUUUGUGAUCAUAGCUGCAGCCUUGUCUGGGUGCAGCCGAAUGGCCAAAUCCUUUGAAAUGAUUAUGCUCAGCAGAUUUUUUACUGGCGUGAAUGCAGGUGUGAGCAUGAACAUUCAGCCCAUGUACCUGGCAGAGAGCGCCCCAAAGAAGCUCAGAGGAGCUGUGGCCUUGACCUCUGCAUCGUUUACAGCCCUGGGGCUGGUGCUGGGGCAGGUUGUUGGGCUCAGGGAGCUCCUAGGAGGGGAGGAGAGCUGGCCAUUCCUUUUAGCAAGCAAUGUGGUUCCUGCCCUGAUCCAGCUCACAGCUCUGCCUUGGUUCCCUGAAAGUCCCAGAUAUCUCUUGAUUGACCGUGGAGACAAAGAAUCCUGUAUCUCAGCACUGCAGAAGCUCAGAGGCACCAGCGACCUGAGUGCAGAGCUGGAAGAGAUGCUGGCAGAGCAGGCUGCUGUGAAAGGCCAGAGAGCAAAGAACCCGUGGGAGCUGUUCCAGAACGCAGCCGUGCGGUGGCAGCUGGUGAGCAUCAUGGUGCUGAGCAGCGCCAUGCAGCUCUGCGGCAACGACUCGAUGUAUUUUUAUGCAGCUUAUGUGUUCCAAGAGGCUGGAAUUCCUGAGGACAAAAUCCCCUAUGUUGUAAUCGGCACAGGAGGCUGUGAGCUGAUCACAUCUGUCACUUGUAACAUGAUCAUAGAGUAUGCUGGUCGGAGGCCGCUGCUGCUGGGGGGAUACAUCUUCAUGGCAGGAUGGGCCAUUGUCUUCAUGGUCUCUCUGAGCCAGCAGACUCAGAUUAGCUGGAUGCCUUAUCUCAGCGUGGCCUGCAUUUUCGCCUAUAUCCUGAGCUUUGGAAUCGGACCAGCUGGUGUAACAGGAGUUCUGCCCACAGAGGUUUUUGAUCAAAUGUCCCGACCAGCUGCUUACAUGAUCUGUGGCUCCCUGCUCUGGUUCAACCUGUUUCUGGUGGGAACAGCCUUUCCAUUCAUUGUGAAAAGUCUAGCACAUUUCUGCUACAUCCCAUUCCUUGUGGUCUGUGUCUGCACUGCCCUCUACGUUUGGUUUUUCCUUCCUGAGACAAAGGGAAAAUCCUUCCUGGAAAUCUCGGAGGAGUUCAGGAAACGGAACUUCAAAGCUAAGACCCGUGAAGGUUUCUAUAAAGGCCCUGAGGAGAUCAAAACCACCACAUUGUAGCAGAAGAAAGGAAGAUGGUAUCUGGGGGGAUUCUGCAGUGAAUUCAGCAGUGGCUGUGUGCCCUUGCAGGCACACAAAGAGAGAAGUUAGGGCCAAUGUAUUACUCUUGGGUUCUUAAGUUCACCAUGAAAACAUAAACUUGAACUGAUAAAUCCAAGCAAAAGUUCAAUAAUCUGUUCUCAGCUUUUAGUACUGAGUAACACAUGCAUAUUUUAGAAUGUGUAUCUGAGAGUGACAGAAUGAUACCUUAUUCUCUUAUCGUCAUACAACACCAUGUAAUGCUUUAGAAAAUUUCUUCAGAAUUUCUCCAAACAGUAACUUCCAUCUCAGAAGUCCUUCUUUCCUUGCCCCUGAAUCUGGGCUUUCUAACACAGAAAUGAAUGCGAUUAAAUUAUGUUUUCAGACACCAGAUGAAAUUUUCAGUACCUUGUCUUGGUGCUCCCGUUGUUUCUGUUAUUAAGUGAUUUCAAAUAAACCCCUGCUUGUUAA